AUGAGCAAGGAGUCCCGGAGUGACAUGGGGAAGAAGAAAAGCUCUCAGAACAAGAACACUUCCAAUAGUAAAGAACUCCCAACUCGUACUGUAGGUACCCCCGAGAGGUCUCAAAUGAGUAAACAAGGAACAAGAUCAGCAGCAGCAUCCAGCAAGAAGAACAAAACGGAAGAUGAAGUAACCAAAGAUGAGGUUCACUACAAUGAUGACAUGCUCAAUGUAAGAUUACCAUGCAACCGUCGAAGAUACUUUUUAUUUACAGAAAAUGAGUAAAGCCUUGACCCAUCACAAUUGGUACCAUGGUUUGAUGCCUCGGGAUGAGAUCGAGGACUUGUUGAAAGUGGAUGGGGACUUUCUGGUCAGGAAAACUGAAGUCGCCAAACAACCACGAUAUGCUAUUUCUGUCAUCAAGGGGCUUAGAAUCAGACAUAUUCUUCUUAAUUUUAAGGAUGAAAUGUGGUCGUUGAGAGAUGUAAGAGGAUAUUCGUGAUCGUAAUGUCUAUGGUUUAGCUCAAAAAGCCAACUUUAACCGAGCUAAUCGAGGCCCAUCGAAACGAUAAGGUCCCAGUCAUGGCUGACGGCACUAUUCUAGUGAACGGAGUCGAUCGACCACCAUUUUAUAUUCUCCAUGAACAUAUCGAGCUGAAAAAGAAAUUAGGAGGUGGAAACUUUGGAGAAGUUUACUCAGCCCAAUGGAAGAAAAGUGAGGGAGAAGUGAUUGAUGUAGCAGUUAAACGACUCAAGGGGAUGAUGAAGAAGAAACAGCGUGCUGACUUUGUGAAGGUAUAGAGAUUUUAAGGAAUUGAUACAAUUUAGGAAGCCAAAUUGAUGAGAAGAUUCGAUCACCCCAAUAUUGUAAAGGUCUAUGGAGUAGCGCCUCAAGAAGAGCCAGUGAUGAUUGUACUGGAGAUGGCCAGUGGUGGAUGCCUACACACUCAUCUCCGUUCUUCCGUUACUUUGACCAACGAUCAGCUUCUAGGUUACUGUAUAGAUGCCUGCAGGGGAAUGUGUUAUCUUUCAGGAAGAAAUGUAAUUCAUCGAGACAUUGCGUAUGUAUUCUUUAUAUUCCAGAUACGUUAUCUAACUGUUGUGAGAACUAUCUUACUGCCCAAUUAUUAUCUAAUUCUUCAGAGCUCGAAACUGUUUGAUGGGUGCCAAAGGCGAGGUCAAGAUUAGCGACUUUGGUUUAUCAGUAGCUGAUAGAAGCGAGAUUAAGUUGGAUAAGCUGAAGAGUAUGCCCGUGAAAUGGCUGGCCCCUGAAACCCUGAAGAACGGAGUCUUCUCCAAGAAGUCAGAUGUCUGGUCUUUCGGAGUUUUGGUCUGGGAAGUGUUCACUCGGUGUGAACAAGACCCUUAUCAUGGACUGAGCAAUCAUAAGGCCAAGGAAAAGGUAAUGUGACGGUGAAGACAUUACUUUUCGUUUUAGAUUUUAGCCGGAGGAGACCUGAAGCUACCGGAUACAGCCCCUCCUCUUGGCUCUGCUGUUAUGAACCUCUGUUUCACUUUGGUGAGUUGUGGGAUCUGCAUAUUGACUGCUUUUAGAAACCUGAUGACCGCCCUGAGUUUGACGGCUUGUUCCGACUUCUGGCUCCAAAUGAAAAACCUCCCAAUAAUACCGACGCCAUGUUCGAAACUUAUGCCACCUAAUUUUUACAAAUAUUUUUGAAUAAAGUUCAGUAGAAACCUUCACGGGCGAAUUUUAUAGUAGUUUAGAGAGUUGACCGACAUACGUAAUCAUCUCAUGAGAGGUAUGUACGAUUUGUCAACGGAAUGCCAGUUCAAAUAAUCGUGUCGAUUCCCGAAAAUAAUAUCUUUGCAAAAAAUAUAUUUUUUUUCGGAUUUUUUUUUUGUGUAAUUCAGUAAAUGAUCAGUAGAUAUGCUAUACGUUCUUUCAGAUACCUCAAUAAAGGUCCAAAAAUAGCCGUGAUAGGGUCGGGUCCUGCUGGUAAGUCAAAGUUAUUUUCUUUAUUCUUCUUCCCUGUAGGCCUUUACACUUGUUCCGCAUUACUGAAGAGGAUACCUGAAUGUACACUACACGUUGUCGAUAAGAGUACAGUUCCUUAUGGAUUAGUUCUUUCCGGUGUUGCUCCAGAUCAUGCGGAUGUCAAGAAAUGUGCGAACCAUUUUGAAAAGAUGUUUGAUUCUCAUGAAGGCAGAUUGUCUCUCUACUGUAAUGUAAAUGUUGGACAAGAUGUAUCAUAUACAGAUCUUGUAAAGAAUUAUGAUGCUGUUAUUCUUGCCUAUGGGGCUAGUCGAUCGAGGGAAUUAGGUAUCGAAAACUCGAAGCCGGAGAAUAAUGUGUUCUCUGGAUUUAAUUUCGUAUCAUGGUAAGUAUGCAUUGAAUCUCUUAUUUAUUUAGGUACAACGGGCAGAGACCGGAUUUAAAACCACAAUUAAAUAGAAAAGAUGCGGUUAUUAUUGGCAAUGGAAACGUAUCGAUAGAUUGCGCUAGGAUAUUGUUAUCAGAUGUUGAGCGAUUCAGGCAUACAGACAUUGCCGAAUAUGCAUUCGAGAUGUUGGAAAACAGCAGGAUACGAAAUGUUAAUAUAAUUGGAAGGAGAGGACCAUUAGAUGUAUGUUUCCUACUUGUUUAAGUGUUUUCUUUUUUUCUAAAUUUAGGUAUCAUUUACGAUAAAAGAACUCAGGGAAUUGUUAACAUUACCGAAUGUAUCAUCACGUUGCGAAUUAACUCUUGACAUGGAGAAUGAAAUAAAAGAAAAAUUGUCCGAUCCAGAGAUAUCUAGAAGGAAGCGUCGACUUUGGGAAUUAAUGUUGAAGUAUAAAGAUGCCGGCGGAGUCUUUGAAAAGACUGGAAAGAUUGUAUUCUAUCAAAAACCGUCCAAAAUUUUGAUAAAUGCCGAAGGACAGAUUGAGAGUUUAGAAUUGGAGAACAGUUUAACCAAGAAGAAGAUAUUAGUUCCCUGUUCCUUGUUAAUUUACGCAAUAGGAUUUGAAAGUAAUCACCUUGAAGGGGUUCCUGUGGACGAGAAUAAAGCUCUCUUACUCAGAGACUUCUGUAGAGUCAAGGAUCACAGAGCGUUGGUUUAUGCGACUGGAUGGUGCGCAAAGGUAAUUAUUUUAGUUCCUCAGACAGGGGUGAUUUUCUGCCACCGCCACGUUUGCGGAAUUGUGACACUUGCGGAAUUCGGCACAAAUGCUUUAUUUAUAAAUUCUUGUUUUCAUCUCCAGUCUUCAACAUUUUUUUGACCAGCUAGCCAAUAAGUUGAAAUCACAACCAAAUUUUUUAGAUGUCUAGCCAAAAACCUGGAUCGACUAGCCAAAAUGUCAGAAUGGCCUAGAAGCCUCAAAAAUUGUUUGAUAGCCAUUUUAACCGCUAGCCUUUUUCGAGGUUUCACAGCCAUUCUGACAGGAUUUUUUUCGCGUCUAGGCUAUCUGUGGUCUUCAAAAAUAUUUGAUUUUAUGGCUAUGUAUUUAAUAAACAAUUUCGUUUAGGCUGGUGGAGGGGUAAUAGCGGAUACCCAGAGGAAUGCCGUUCUUGUAGCAGAGGAAUUGUCAGCAGAUUUGAAAACCCAUAAACUUAAGGAAGAUACGGAACUUGUGGAUGAAACUCUUCAGAAGAAAAAUGUGAGAUAUAUCUCGUGGAAGGAUUGGAAGAUCAUUGACAAGGCUGAGAGGGAGAUCGGGGAGAAGAAAGGAAAGGCUCGACAUAAAAUCCAUGAUGUAAUUGGAUUCCUUGAUCAGUACAAGCACGUAUAG